AUGUAACGAUAAACCAUUGAAAAAUUAAAGGUAUUUUUUACAUGUAAAAUAUUAAAUAGGCGCCAUUUUACUAAAAUAUAAGAAUUAUGCAAAUGCAAUUUAAUACUUCAACAAUGCAAUCCUUCUAAACCAUUAGACGAAGCUCUAGAAAAACAAUGGUUUAAACAUUUAAGAAUAUUGGCUUUUACCCUGAAGAUUAAAAAAAAAAAUAUAAAUUAUUAAAAAAUCUUUCUUAACAAAGAUCUUAUUAAAUAAAAGCUUAAAUGUAUUUUAAGUUCAAAUAUUAAGCUUACACAUUUUACAUAUUUUUAAAGUGUUUUUUGUUACUGGUUUUAAAAAGAAAAAAGGAAGCACAAUGA